UCCGGAUAUGUCAAAAUAUUUUGAUAUGGUUUGAUAAUUGAUUUUCUUUUUAAGGAAUAGGGAAAUAGCGAUAUAUUUUUAUCAUUUUAAUUCUUACAAAACUAUAUCAACGUUUUCUGAAAAAUGACUGAUGUCAGUGAUGUCAUUUUGGAAAUAGAACAAGGAAAACUAUGUGGACGUAUUGCUAAAGAUCUGAAUGGAAGUGAUUAUAAAAGUUUUCAAGGAAUUCCAUACGCUAAACCACCCGUUGGAAAUUUACGAUUCAAGGCACCUGAACCACCAGAGCCAUGGGAAGAUGAAAUAUUCGAUGCGAAAGUUGAACGAAGUCCUUGUUAUCAAUCUAACUUUAGGCCUGGCGAAAAAUUUAUUGGAUCGGAAGAUUGUUUAUUUUUAAACGUAUUUACACCUAAACUACCCGAUGAAUCACCAGAAAAAUUACCGGUAAUGGUGUUCAUACAUCAUGGUGGUUUUUUUGCAGGUUCUAGUAGUGCAGAUACCUUUGGUCCAGAAUUUUUGGUUGCCAAAAAUAUUGUUUUAGUAACAUUCAACUAUCGUUUAGGAUUUUUAGGUUUUCUUUGUCUAAAAGACCCAACGUGUGAAGUAACGGGUAAUGCAGGAUUAAAAGAUCAAACAGCAGCUUUACGCUGGGUUCAAAAGAAUAUUUCAGCUUUUGGAGGUGACAAAAAUAAUGUGACAAUAUUUGGUGAAAGUUCCGGUGGUGUUUCUGUUACUUUCCAUCUUUUAUCACCACUAUCCAAAGGCUUGUUUCAUAAAGCAAUCUCACAAAGUGGUACAGCGUUAGAUCCUUGGGCAUUGCAAGUUCGUCAUGAUUACGAAUUUAUACAUUUAUUAGAUUGUAAAUCUACUGACGAUAGAGAAAUUUUAAAAUUCUUACAAAAUCAAAAAUUAGAAGAUAUAAUGGUGGCUCAAAGAACUGUUGCUGCUCCAGAGGCUCAGGCAUUCUGUGAAUUUUGUGAUGCAUCACCAAACGUUGAACCAAAUAUUCCAUCAGCAUUUAUAACUGAUACUCCAGAAAAUCUUUUACGCGAAGGACGCUUUAAUCAAGUACCAACAAUAAUAGGAUUAAACGAUAAAGAGGGAUUGUUAAUGAAUUCGACAGUGUUUAACGUUUUCAAAAAGUGUUGGUUUGACAAUGGUCAGCUGGUACCAGGAUAUUUACAAGAAAAACUGGAAUGGAAACAAGACAUUGAGAAUGCCAAUAAUAAAAUUAAGGAAUUUUACAAAAUUACUGACAUUGAAAGUACGACAGAUUAUUGGACCGACGUUUUGUUUGCAUAUAAAAUCGCAAAAUUUACAAAAGCAUUGGCAAGUAAAUCAAAUCAACCCGUUUAUUAUUAUUUAUUUCGAAUAAGCAUCGAUUCGAUGAAAAUGGAAUCCAAGAUACAUAAUUGGGAACCGUAUGAUGGUGCAGCCCAUACAGAAGAACUACCAUAUUUAUUCAAACAAAUACUCACUCCUGAAAUAUUACCGGGUACACCAGAAGAAUUGGGUAUACAUAUAAUGACGACAUUAUGGACGAAUUUUGCAAAAUCGGGUAAUCCAAAUCCAGUAGAAUCUGAUCAUAUUAAUAUCGAAUGGAAACCUUUUACUCCAUAUUAUGAAAAUUAUUUAGAUAUUGAUUUAAAACCACAACUUAAGCAUGCUUUAUUUAAAGAAAGAAUACAGUUUUGGGAUAGUUUGUGUGAACAAUGA